GCAAAGUGGGGCUCAGAGGCUCUAAAAGCCGCCCUGUUGAAUAAUGUAAAUGAGGAACUGAAAGAUGAAAUUAUGAUGUGGGAAAUCCCUUCCUCUCUGGAGGCGCUUAUGUCACUAUGCAUCCAGGUGGACGACCGUCUACGGGCGCGCCAGGCCUCACGGAAACAGCAGUUUUGGGAACUUCCAGCAUCGAGGGAAGACCAACCUGAGUCACGGGAAGCCCGGAGUAUCAGGGAGGAGGAGGGGGAACAACCAAUGCAGCUUGGUCACUCACGGCUCUCACCUGCGGAACGACAGCGCCGCUUUGCAGUGGAACGCAAUUACGACAUUGGAGACCGGGAGUUAUUGGCCGUUAAGCUUGCCCUGGAGGAGUGGCGGCACUGGCUGGAGGGCGCAGAACAGCCUUUCAUCGUAUGGACUGAGCAUAAAAAUCUGGAGUAUAUCCGAUCGGCCAAGCGCCUCAACUCACGACAAGCCAGGUGGGCACUCUUUUUUUCUCGUUUCAAUUUCUCUAUCACCUACAGACCCGGGUCCCGCAACGUUAAGCCAGAUGCACUCUCCCGGCUAUUCACCAACACUGAGGAGUGCACAGACCCUGAGCCCAUCCUUCCUGCUGCCUGUGUGAUCGGAGCAGUCACAUGGGAGAUCAAAACUCUAGUUCGCCAGGCUCAGGACACCGACCCCGACCCAGGUACAGGGCCCCCUGGCCGGCUGUUCAUCCCUACCUCCGUCCGUGCCUGAGUUCUUCAGUGGGCUCACACCGCCCGAUUCACCUGCCACCCGGGGAUUCGACGUACCGUGACCUUUCUUCAACGGUAUUUUUGGUGGCCUACCUUGGAGAAAGAUACUAGAGAGUACGUUUCUGCCUGCACCACGUGCGCCCGGGACAAACGCCCCAAUCGCCCACCAUCUGGACUGCUUCAACCUCUGCCCACACCCUGCCAACCUUGGUCACACAUAGCCCUGGAUUUCAUCACCGGUCUUCCGCCUUCUUCGGGUAAUUCCACCAUUCUAACCAUUGUAGAUCGUUUUUCAAAAGCUGUUCAUUUCAUUGCCCUCCCAAAGCUUCCGUCUGCCUUGGAAACAGCACAGUUACUUACCACCCACGUCUUCCGGCUCCAUGGUAUCCCAGCAGACAUCGUCUCAGAUAGAGGACCACAGUUCACCUCCAGACUGUGGAAGGAAUGCUGCUCACAGCUUGGAGCAAAGGUUAGCCUCUCUUCUGGCUUUCAUCCCCAGAGCAAUGGACAAGCUGAGAGGACAAACCAGGAACUGGAAGCGGCCCUGCGGUGCAUAGUCUCCCACAACCAAAGCACCUGGAGUGAGCAGUUACCGUGGAUUGAGUAUG